UGCGCACGCGCGGUGACGCGCUCCCGUGAGGCAGUGCGAGGCGCGGAGCGCGCGGCGCGGACGGCGGUCGCUGAGGGAGCGCGAGCGGGACUCGCUGAGGAGAGGUCGCCGCGGGCCCUAGAAAGCCCCCCCCCCGUGCACGGGGCGCGCAGGGGGUCUCGCGUGGGUCUGGGGUCGGGACGGCAGCCCGCCGGCGCGCGGCCAUGAGCUGCGGGAGAGACUUCGUGGAGACGCUGAGGAGGAUCGGCUACCCCGAGGCCGAGUCGCUGCACGCGGAGGACUUCGACUGGCUGUUCGAGGCCGGCGGCGGCGAGCCCUUCCUGCGCUGGUUCUGCGGCAGCGUGAGCGAGCGCAACGUGCUGUCCGAGGCGGAGCUGCAGGCCUUCGGCCGCCUGCGCGGCGCGGGCCGGCCGGUGCUGGAGGGCGCGGCGCUGGAGGAGGCGCUGCGCACCUGCGCGGCCCCGCGGGCGCCCGCGCCGCGCGACGCGGAGGUGGAGGCGCUGGAGCGCGAGCUGCGCGCCCUGCGGGAACUGAGGAGCCUGCGGCUGCGGCGGCGGGACCAGCGGCGGCUGCUGGCGGCGGCGGCCGGGCACGCGUCGGCGCGGCUGGGCGCCGAGGAGGCGGCGGCCGCCAAGGCGCUGAGGCGGGGUCGCGGGGCUCUGCGCUCCGUGAGCGGGGAGGUGGGGGGCGCGCUGCGGGCCGCCGCGGACGCGGUCGCCCAGCUCGCGGCGUUCCUCGGGGCGCCCGCGGGCGCGGGGGCGGGGGCGGGCCCGCCGGUGUUCCUGUACCAGUGCUCCCCGGAGAAGUACCUGGGCCGGGAGGAGCAGAGCACCGCGGCGCUGGCCCGGUACACCAAGACCCAGUUCUUCCCGGGCGCGCGGGAGGUCGUGGAGAGCUCCAACGAGGAGAACUUCCAGCUCGUGGACCCUCGGGCCGCGGCCCUGAGCGCCAGCCCGGAGGCCGUGGAGGCGAGGCGGCUGGAGAUGGCGCGGCUGCGGCUGGCGUUCGUCUGCGCGCAGCACCAGGCGGUGCACCUGAGGGCCAGCAACCGGAGCUUGGAGGCGCGGAUCGAGUGGGCGGAGGACGCCCUUCGCCGCCCCGCGGCCCAGGCUCUUGGAAAAGAGGAUUUGGAAGCUAAAAUUUCUAGCUUGAGCAGUCAUAUUCUGAAACUUGAAGAACAGAUCACUCAUAUAAAAGAGAGCACCUUGCCUGCUGUGAUAAAAGAGAAUGCCCAGUUACUGAACAUGCCCGUUGUAAAGGGAGAUUUUGAUCUACAGAUUGCCAAGCAAGAUUAUUAUACAGCAAGACAAGAGUUCGUUUUAAAUCAGUUGAUAAAGCAAAAGGCAUCUUUUGAACUUCUGCAGUUAUCGUAUGAAAUUGAGUUGAGAAAGCAUCGGGACAUACAUCGGCAACUUGAAAACCUGGUUCAAGAACUGAGUCAAAGUAACACGGUACUCCACCGGCGAUUAGAAGUGCUAGCUGACCCAUCAGUAUCUCAGCAGGGAAACCCCAGGAAUACCAUCGACACCAAGGAUCAUUCUGCUCACAGGUUGUAUCAACUUUUAGAAGGAGAGAAUAAGAAAAAGGAAUUGUUUAUAACCCAUAAAAACCUGGAGGAAGUGGCUGAGAAAUUAAAACAUGAUGUUUCUUUAGUACAAGACCAGCUGGCAGUAUCUGCUCAAGAACAUUCUUUCUUUCUGUCCAAACUGAAUAAUGAUGUGGACUUGCUUUGUGAUAUUUUGUAUCAAGGAAGAAACCAGCUGUUGCUUAGUGAUCAGGAGUUAACAGAGCAAUUUCAUCAAGUUGAGUCUCAACUGAAUAAGCUAAAUCAUCUUCUUACUGAUACUCUUGCCGAUGUGAAGACAAAGAGAAAAAUUUUGGCAUCUAAUAAACUGCUUCAAGUGGAAAGAGAAUUAUAUGUAUAUUUCUUAAAAGAUGAAGAUUAUCUGAAAAAUAUCGUUGAGAAUUUAGAAAACCAAUCAAAGAUUAAGGCCGUUGGUCUCAAAGAUUGAAAAUUACUAAAAACUGAAUCUUUACUACAAGUGUUUAAUAUUUUACACAUUAGGAGGAGAAUGUAGCUAAUAAACACUACUAAAAUUUUAAAAACUUGAGAUCAGUGGAAUAUUUAAUGAGUUCAAGAUUUACAUCAACUUGUUUUCUUCUUUAUAUAACGCUUACAUUCAGAGCACCACCCGCGCUUUCUAUGACUUGAACAUUUGCUUGGUGGCACUUGGACCUGGUGACUUUUUUACACGUAGGGAAAAAGCAUUACAGCAGCAGCCCCCUUAUCUCCAGGUUUGCUUUCUGCUAUUUCAUUUACCUGCAGUCAACCAUGGUCUGAAAAGAUUAAAUGGAAAAUUCCAGAAGUAAACAACUUACAAGUUCUGAAUUGUGCGCCAUUCUGGAUAGUGUGAGACCUGCUCCAUCCAGUCCUGGACGUGAAUCAUCCUUUUAUCCAGCGUUUUCACACCGUGUGCUGCCUGUGCGUUAGUCACUUAGUAGCUGUCUUGGUUACCAGAUCAGCUGUUGCAGUGUCUUGGUGCUUGUGUCCAAGUCGCCCUUAAUUUACUUAACGAUGGCCCCGAAGUGCAAGACCAGUGGUGCUGGCAAUUUGGAUAUGGUGAAGAGAAGCCGUGAAGUUCUUCAAGUGAAAAUGCAUCUGUAGGGUUCUCUGUGGUUUUGGGCAUCCACUAGGGGUCUUAGAAUGAAUUCCCUGUGGACUGGGGGCGUGGGUUCCUACUAUAUUGUAGAAUGCAAAUAUUUUUAAAUAGACUUGUACCUCUACUAAUUUCUUUUUUUUUUUUAGAAAUAGGAAUUUUUUGCUGUUAAGUAUUUUAAAAUUUCAUAGUCCUUUGAAUCAACAUUGUUAAAGCUGUAGACUUUAUUAUAUGGAAUAGCCAAGUCUAUAUUUGACUGUAAAAUAAAAUUCUGCUACUCUA